AUGAUGAACACCUUGUUUGGGGAGAUGCUCCAGUUCGCCCUGGUUCUCGGGACGAUCAUGAUGGGCUUCACCGUUUGGUUGGCCGUUUUCAAAGCCAUGCUCGGCGAGGUGAGCGUGUUCUCGGAGAACUACGAAGACAGUGUGCACAGAGAUGUCGCCCGGGUACUCCUUGUCGUGUACCUGGCCGUGGUGGCCGUCAUGCUCCUCAACCUUUUCAUCGCGGUACUGAGCUCCGUCGUCGUUAUCCUCCACGUCUUCGCACUGCCCUUCGUCCUGGCGUGGUUCUGGGUCCGCUCCGGGCUGGGGCUCGCGGCGCUGACGACGCUGGCGGCUGCGCUUUGCGGCGGGAACGGAGGGGAAGACGGCAGCGGCAAGAGAGUGCCGCGUCGACCCUCCGCUGCUGGUUCCGGCGGCGGGCCUACCGCCGGUUCGCCGUCCCUGGAAAACCCCACGACGCCCGACGGCCUCGCGCAGCGACAAGACGAACAGGACCAAACGGUAACAGUGGAGGAAAUCAUACGCGCGCGGGACCACCUGGACGAGGCCGGGAGGGGUCGGGGCGAGGCCGUCCUCGCUCUCCUCAAGUCCGUGAACGCUGACCUGAAGGACCAGAUCGCGGAGUUAGAGCGAAGCGUGGCUCGCAGCGUCGAGAGCCUGAGGGUGGGGUCGGAGGCGAGCGUUGCCUCUAUCGUGGAAGCGGAGGUGGCGAAGGCUGUCGAGGAAUCCCGGGGUCCGUCGCCACGAGGGGCGUUGUCGCCCGCUGCUGGCGCGCCGCGAGUGGACAAGCCGGGAUCAUGAAGCGGCCUGAUGGCGGCGCAAUUUCACGACCACUCGGCCGUAUGAUCACCGCCUUCUUUCAGUCACUUGUGGUGCUGCAAUGAUUUCCUCUUGUCGUUCGGUGAUGGCGGUGUCUUUAGCAUCGAUUCGGCAAGAGUGUACCCAGCUGCAAGAAUUUACCCCGAACGUGUUGGUUUGGUUUUGGCUUUGGUAUGAUGUACUGUAUAUUUUUUACCGUCUUCUACUUCCUCUGUUUGUCCCCAGUGGGUGAGGCUUCCCAGAAACGAACCCCUGGUAGUGCGUUCCCACACCGAUUAGACUCGGCGCUGUUUCAUAGUUGAAUUGCAGUAUGGUUGUAGAGGGAGGUCGGAGGUGUUUUUUGGUUGAAUAUCAUUGGUCACAUGUUUACGUACGGGCAGCGCUUUGAAAGUAGUUCGACCUUCGUACGCAUGUAGUCUAGAGAUUACACCUGUAACUGUUUCUGACGAACUUCACCUCCAUCCAGGUUUGGCUUGCCUUCUUAGGCGACGUAUUUUUGUACGUACAUGCAGCUCUUUGAGAGCAUUUCGCCCAGUGAUGGGAUGAGAGUCGUUUGUGCGAAGCCUGGACCCCUCCAUCAAGAAGAAGAGUGUGGCCGGAACUGUAGCAUGGGCGACGGAAAAUGGAAAUGGGAUGCUAAACCGACCACCGUUGGCGAGAAUCGGGGCCGACCUACGAUACUCGAUUCUACUUUUUUUGCGUCCCAAGGAACUGCCGGGCGCCCCCCUCUCCUGUAUAGCUAGCAGUUUGUACGACACCUUCCUUAGUUGAGUCACUUCUUGCAUGUUGUUUUUGUUGCUGUUCUACCAGUUCCGAUGUAAACGCAAGUUCCGAUGUAAACGCAAGGAUACAUCUCCAAAGCCGUCUUAACACUCUGAUCUAGCUUGGGACAUGAGGAACGAACGGCCAUUCGCGGAACAAAAGGCCAGGAAUCAGGCAUGCUGCACACAAUUACAGAGACGACAACGCCCAUUGACAAAUAGCCGCCCCGUCGCAGCGAAAAAUAUUCACGUAAACAUAAGACCCCUACCCAAUGUAGACGAGCUUUCCUGAACGUCAUGUAUCUACCGAUAAGCCUUUGGAAACCCAUGAAAGACAUGGUCUAUAAACCUACAGCAGAGGAGAAAAAAUAACACGAAGAAUCCUUCCCUCUCUUGUCAGCGGGGUUCUGGGGCACAUUGAUGCUCUCCCUGCAAACGCUAAAAUGUGGCCUCCAGGCGGAAUACUGUCUUGCGCGAAACACAGCAGACAGCCCUUUACCACCAGCCGCCCUUUACAGUAUGAACAAUAACUAAGGAGUAGACAAUGUGCUUUGGUCUUCCGACCGUACCCCUCUCCCGUGUGACCGCGCUCGCUGAGCCCGUACAUACCCAAAUGCGUGGCAUUCGCUACACCUCUUCCAGUGUCCAGAAAGCAUGGGAAGGCGGAUGACUCACGUGAGCCCAGGGUUGGGGCUCCUGCGAAAACACUCGAGAAGUAAAAAGCAGCCUAAUUAUUUCGCUCUCCCGCUCAAAACUGCUGCUGCUAUUCAUAUUUACUAUCAUCGCUAUCGUAUUACACUGCUUGAGCACUGAACAACCACGUGCUACAUGCUUCAUAUGCACGGGAAUUUCUCCACGCGAACAAAAAACAAAAUGGUGUAGCUUCCUUGACAACAUUCAUGAGCGACGACUGCUGUAGCAUAAAAAAAUCAUCUCCCGUUCCGCCCUAAACUGCGUAAUAAGCACUAAACACACACGUGGGGCACACUUAUCAGUGGACCUCAUGCGUGUGUUUCCGUACACAUGAUGUUUCCGCAAACAACCAAAACAAAGAUUAGGUACACACCACAUCAACAGGAGGACACGAAUGGAGGGAAUCCGAGAACACGCUCUUGUGAUACUGGAGUGGUGGUGACACAAGCAGCCAGCAGAGCGGGAGGGGGCACGCCGACGUUGUCCCUUCACCCGUGUAACUCAUGUCAGGGAGCAUGGAGACAUCUCUCGUAGGAGGCACCAUGUAGUUGUACGGUACACAGGUUCUCUCUCUCUCUCUCACUCUCUCUCGCUCUCUCUCU